AUGGGUAUGACCAAUAGCGGACCAGUCUUUCUCAAUAACCAUCCAAGAGGUCUUCCACCAUCGAGGAUGAGGCUCACGAUGGACAUGAAGCAAGAUAAUAGGAAUAAAACGACAAGUUCUGUUGCCUCUUGUAUUGAUUCGUCCACUUCUCGACAAAAAGCACCGAUUCAAGCCAAUGGACAAGAACAAGAGACGAUUAGUGAGAUUUUUCCAGUGCUUACGAGGGACAUUGAAGGACCGUUCUUUGCUGUGGACGUCGAGUGUGUUGCCACGGGGAACGGCACCAAUGAUCGAGAUGUUGCACGGAUUGCUGUGGUUGAUGAGGACGAAAGAGUGGUGUUUGACCAAUAUGUUAAGCCAACAAAGCCUAUCGUAAGUUACCUUACACAGCUUACGGGUAUCACAGAGCGCAACCUAGUAGAUGCACCUGCUUUGGAAGAGGCGCUUGUCCAGUUAAAGGAGAUUCUGCCCGUGGAAAGCGUUAUUGUGGGCCAAUCUAUCAAGAAAGACUUGAAAUGGCUCAUGCUUGAGAAGCCAACGGAUUACAAGGGGGAAUUUGAUGUGGCUGAUUUGUUUCGACUACCCAUGCAAUCAACUAACGGCGUGGUGCGCUAUCGCUAUUUUUCUCUACGGCACGUGGCAAAAUACUUGCUUGGACACAAGUAUCCAGGAGGCGGAUCAUGA